AAUCCCUUGCUACACCGUUUGAUACGGUCCCUUGCUAUCCUUCACAUUUCCAAUCAUUUAAAAUAUCUGGUUGUAUCCACUAAUUCCUUAUACAUUACAAUGGCCGCCAUUUUCUCUUCUACGAACGCGCCUUUGCCGCAUCAUUUCCACCGCCUUCCACAACAAUUCAACUACCCAGCCAAUCCUCAGCCGUCCAAAGUCAUUCCUUUCCAUCCGGUUGGAGGUAAUCCAGCUGUUGGAGUCCGGGUCAGCCCCAGUAUCGAUACCGUUUCGAUAGACAACCCAGAUGGAGCUCUCGGCCUCGAUCUAAAGCCUAAAUACACGUUGCGCGUCAACUGGCUGGGAUGUGGGCCUGCAUUUGAUGUUCAUUUUUCCCUCAAAAAAGGCACCAGGAAAGAGCUACUCUGCAAAACUUCCGAUGCCCUGCAGCAGUGGAUUGGAAAAGCCCUGAAGGAACGCCAAGGUGCUGUACCUCCUCAGUACAAGCUAGCUCUGGUGGAAAACCUCGUCCACAUCGCAUCGGCGUACAUUUACCAAGGCACGAUCGUUCACCUGGAGAUCAUCAUUGGCCCUGUAUAAUCGACUUGCUGGUUCAAGUUCUGGGAUACGACCUUUGGAGUGCUGGCUCACUCCUACAAGAUCUGGGAUCUACUUACACUCACUUCGCUCAACCACUCUCUCGGAUUUGCUGCUUGGUUUCUCGCAGACUCUCCGUCUCUGUUCCUCACACGCUCUUUCUGUCUGUCUCUCUUUGUCUCUCGCUGUAUCGUUAGCAUCGCCCUGCUCUCGUGUUAUGUGUAGCCUGUCGACUCUGUGCUCGCCUCCCACCCUAGUAGUAUCGUAACAUCUCUGUAAUGUCCUGCACAAUGUGAUAGUGUUCCUUCCUGUUAAUACAAUCCUUAUGAGUUA